AUGGUGACAUCAUAUUCCAGCACAAAUGUAACGUUGGUAGCAACAAGGAUGAUGGUGUUGAUGAUAUAUUUGUCCAUGUGUUGGACAUUUGAUAAUGUUGCAGCAAUAUCAACAGAUUCAUUUUUCCAACGCAAGCGAGCAACGGUGACAAUAAAUAAUGCACUGGGAAACACCACACAACUUCAGGUUGAUUGUAAGUCAAAAGAUGACAAUCUUGGUCAACACCAGAUCAACACAGGUGCCAACUACAGCUUCACAUUUAGACCAUCUUUGUCGGGGACGACAUUAUUCACGUGUAAUUUUACGUGGGCUCUUAACGCUUACUCGUUUGAGAUCUAUAACCAACACAGGGAUCAUACAAAUUGCAGGGCUUGUGUUUGGCAGAUUAAGACUAAUGGUCCAUGUGAAUAUAGCUAUGAAACUGAGACUUAUAAGUUGUGCUAUACAUGGAAUAAUAUUACAAGUGGCCAAGCUGCACCGGCGUAA